UGUUGCUUGUUUAUCUUCUAUUAGGCAGAAUAAAACUUAGGCUAUAUAUGCAGCGCCAGCUUCCGGUGGAUCUCUCACCACUCUGUUCAUUCUCUGGCAAAACAUUCUGGUAUCGCAUGUCACAACCACAUUUUUACUGCAAACGUUCGUUUUUUUUCACUUUAUUUUGCCUGCAUUCCGAGCUAACAAUGUUCGACUCAAAAGCGCAGUUCACCACUGUCAAUUUCCUGGGAUCGAAGGGCAUGAUGGCCUUGGGGAUCAUAAUUACUGUUGCUGCUUUUAUAAAUUCCGUGACCACCAUUGUCGCCAGCCGAAAUGGCCCGCCUGAAUUAAUCUAUCCCCACACACCUGUCAACCCGUGUCUCCCCUCUUUCCUGUUUGUCCUGACGGCCAGUCUCCACUUUGAACAUUGCGGAUUCUUCGCGCGCCAGUGCACCAAGCACAUGACCUCCAAGCAUAUGUUGAUCAUGCGCGGUAUGUUCGGCUUGCUGGCUACGCUUUCCUUGGUGUUGCUGUUGCGCACGUUCGAUUACGCCCUGAUUAGUCCCCGUGAGCCUAAUUACUUCCAAAAAACACAAGCGCUUAUGGACAAACAACAAGCAGUAAUGGAUAAGGCUGGAGAAUUAAGUACGGACGCAAUCCAACGAAAAGUUUUGGAAAAGAUGCAGCAGUACAUGGGCGCCAUGGGUGUUUCCAAGAACGACACCGCUGUAUUUCUCAAAAGCAAAGAUUACGAGCGGGCGGUGGCGGCAUACCUCAAAAACUGGACACACGAGAUCGACACCAUAAUGACAGACACCAGCGACACCGAUAAAGCACUGACCAGCAACUAUAAUGACACGUUAGCGGACGCGGUGCUGCAGGCCUGCCCAGAGUCCGUGCACAGUCUGGUUCUGGCUUUAUAUGGAUUGACUGCAUCCAUUUUCCUUUUCGAGUCCGUCUUUGCCGGACUGUUCUGGGUGCGUUUGGCCCCGUAUGGUGUGGAGUAUGAAAGCGUCGCAGGCACUCCUAACUGCCACUGUCACGGCAAAAAACGUGGCUUUUUGGAUGAUCUAGAAUUCACCAAAUUGGCUCCAGCGGGUGGAAUAUGCAUUGAUUGCUCCGCGCGGGGUUCGCGUUCAUAUAUUAUUUUCUUGCGCUUACUCAAUGCCGUUAUGGCGGGGGGCGUGAUGCUGGCCAUUUACUCUUUGGUCAUAUUGUAAACAUAUUGUAAACAGCGGUACUCUGGUGUUAUUACAAGGGUUAGUACCUUAUUGUUAGGGAGCUCCAAGUGUGUUUAAAUCUCCGAUGCCUUUGUUGCAGCUUCUCAGUAUGAUUUUUUUGCCUCGCCAAUGAAUAUCAUUAUUUUUGCAAAUUUUGUUGCAACUGCAAUUAUUUAUUUUAAUUCUGUGUACAUAUGCUGUAUCUCUGUACAGAACUUGUGACGUUGUACAGCGUACUAACGAUUAGCGAUAGCUUCCUCUUGCUUAUUAUUUUAAAAAUGGUGGCAGUUUGACACGUAACAGUAAACUAUUGCCCUUUUGAACUUUUGAAUACGCUGAUGCAACUUGAUGUCCUUGCUGCUGCGUCUGUAUAGUCUGUGUCUGUAUAUGCCGGUACAAGCAGCGCUGCGACGCUGCCAAAAAUGCGCGCUAUUUCUCAUUUGGAUUUGCGGACGAUUAAAAUC